AUGGAGAAGAAGGACCAGCAGCCCCAGCCCCGGACCCCACCCCUGAGGCCCCAGCUCCUACCCCAGGCCCCCCCAUGCUUGAGGAGAAGCCGGCUGAACCUGGGGAGGGGGUGUCAUAGAAAUAAUGAUUUAUUUUUUGUUUUCAGUCAGGAGCCGCCAUCUCCGUCUCCACCCCUUCUAGUGGUGAAUAAAUAUAUAGAUGAUCACCUGAGGAGCCUGAUAAAGCAACUGAGGGAUCGAACCACGAGCUACAAGGAGAAGGUCAUCGACCCGUAUGCCUCAUCCCCGGAGCACAGCCCCCCCAUCACACCAGUCAUGAGAAAGCGAUACUUCCUGAAGAGAGAGGCAGAGGAGCGAACUCAGAAAGAGGAAGAGGGGAGGGAAAAAAAGGAGGAGCAGGCUAAGAAAGUGACACAGAAGAAGGGUGAGAAGGAGGAAGGGGAGAAAAAGGAUGUUAAAAAGAAGAAAGAUGACAAGAAAGAGGAAAAGAAAGAUGACAAGAAAGAGGAGAAAAAGGAUGGCGAAGUAGAGGUCAAAGCUGAAAGCUCCUGGUCCAAGGUCAUAUUGACCUGCCUCUUCUCCAUGACCGACAUGCUUUUCAAACCGCUGGAGGAGAAGCUGGACGUGUGGAUGGAUGAGACCAUAGAUCCCUUCACAGAUCACAGGUACAUCUUCUGGCUGAGCUUGGUGACUCUGGUCUACAACUACAACAUGUGGUUCAUCCCCGUACGCCUGGCUUUCCCUUUCCACUCACCGAGGAGCAUCCCCUUCUGGACCUUCUUUGAUGUCCUAGCCGACAUCAUCUACCUCCUAGACAUAAUGGCGUUCCAGACCCGCCUCCAGUUCGUCAAAGGCGGGGACAUCAUCAAAGACAGAAGUUUAACAAAGCUUAACUACAGAAAGUCUGCGAGACUGUGGGUGGACAUAUUCUCAGUCUUCCCCUUUGAUCUGCUGUACUUCCAUUUCGGGUUCACAUCAUUGUUCAGAGUCAACCGUAUGCUGCGGCACAAGUCCUUCUUUGAGUUCAGUGACCGUUUGGAGAGCAUCAUGAGCAGGGCUUACAUCUGGAGAGUGACCCGCACCAUUGGCUACCUGCUCUACUUGCUGCACAUCAAUGCCUGUCUGUACUAUGUUGCGUCAAACUACGAGGGCAUCAGCUCAACCAAGUGGGUCUAUGAUGGGGAGGGCAGCGCGUACCUGCGGUGCUACUACUUUGCUGUGCGCACCCUCAUCAACAUCGGAGGCUUGCCGGACCCACAGACUGUCUUCGAGAUCCUGUUCCAGAUGUCAAAUUAUUUUAUCGGCGUCUUCGUGUUCUCCAGCCUUAUUGGACAGAUGCGGGACGUCAUUGGUGCCGCCACUGCCGGCCAGACGUACUUCCGUACAUCAAUGGACAAUACGGUAUCCUACAUGAACACCAAUAAGAUCCCCAAACUGGUCCAGAACAGAGUACGCACCUGGUACAACUAUACCUGGGCCUCCCAGGGCAUGUUAGAUGAAUCGGAAUUGCUGGAGCAGAUGCCCCUGGUCAUGAGGACAGCCAUCGCUGUGGACAUCAACCUCAGCACCUUCCAGAAGAUAGAGCUGUUCAAGGGCUGCGAUAACCAGAUGCUUGUGGACAUGUUACUUCGACUGAAGUCCGUCAUUUAUCUGCCUGGAGAUUUUGUGUGCAAGAAGGGGGACAUCGGGAAGGAGAUGUACAUUAUCAAGGCAGGGGCCGUGCAGGUGGUGGGGGGGCCGGACAAUAAGACAGUGUUUGUCACGCUUAAGGCUGGAUGCGUCUUCGGGGAGAUCAGCCUGCUACAGUCAGCAGCCAACGGUGGAAACCGACGGACAGCUAACGUGGCUGCCUAUGGCUUUGCCAAUCUCUUUGUGCUGGACAAGAAGGACCUCAAUGACAUCCUGGUGCACUACCCAGAAUCACAGAAGAUCCUGGCCAGGAAGGGGAGGAAACUGACCAAGGCCAAAGGCCCGGUGCCUGCAGGUCCGGUGGAGCAGAGGAGGGGCCUGGCUUUAUUUACGGAGAAGCCGCCCACUCCCAAGUUGCUGCGCGCCUUUGGGGACUUCAGGAAAGGAGGCUUCCUGGAGAAAAUCAAGGCUACAAUGGGAGAUGCACACAAGUAGCAGACAAGGGGGCUCUACACUUCAACGCAGGAGCGAGUUUUGGAAACUGCAUCUGUCGGAAUGAAUUUGCAAUUCUUUACAAAUCCAUCAGUGGUUGGACUUAACCCACAUUAGAUGUGUUAUUCAGCAACGUGACAUAACACACAGUGCUCUGUGAGACCUCAAGUACUGUGCUUCUUCAGCCUAGCUGAACUGU